AUGUCUUCAGCGACCCAAUUCAUAAAUUGCCGAAAAUGCACGACCGGAAUUUUGGUUCCCGCCCCCCUGACAAUCGAUUCCUCCUCCGGGCUCAUAAUACCAAACACUCCUCUCCCUCCAAACACCCAGCGAGUAGACCUCAAGAACGCCAUCAUCUCCCCUGGCUUCCUAGAGCUUCAAACAAACGGUGCCCUGGGCUUCCACUUUACGCAUUAUAGCGAGCCAGAAUAUUACCAAGCCGGCGUGCGAAACAUCGCUCGCUACUUGCCUUCGACAGGAGUCACAGGUUUCUACCCCACAAUACCGACAGUCCCACCAGCAAUCUUCCAGCGCGCUCUACCGUUCCUGAGACCACACGAUCAGUCGGAUUCCGCCUCGGUGCUGGGAGCCCACGUUGAAGGUCCGUUCCUGUCGCCGUUGAAGAAAGGAGCUCACGAUGCGAAGGCUAUGCACGUCCCAAAGACAUCCUCGCUGGAAUCCAUUUACGGGAAAGAGAACCUAGAAAACUCGAUCAGGGUGUUGACGCUAGCUCCUGAGCUGCCAGGCGCGUUGAGCCACAUCAACACCCUGACGGAAAAGUACGGUGUGCGCGUUUCCAUGGGCCAUAGCGCGGCGAACCAUGAGCAGGGGCUGGAAGGGCUGAAGGCUGGCGCGAACCUCAUUACUCAUAUGUUCAAUGCGAUGAAUCCGUUGCAUCAUCGGGAGCCAGGGCUUCCAGGCCUCAUCUCCGGUCCUUACCCACCGUACUUCUCUAUCAUUGCAGACUCAAUCCACCUGCACCCCCGUAUCGUCGGUAUCGCGUACCGCUCCUCACCCUCUCACUGUAUUCUUAUAACAGACGGUAUCGAGCUUUCGGGACUACCAGACGGCAUUCAUCCGGGCCACGCCCAAAUACCCUUCAACCAGCUCAAAGCCGGCAACAGAGUCACCAUCGAAGGCACAGAUACUUUGAUUGGCACCUGUGUUGGCCUAGACGAAUGUGUGAGGAAUCUGAUGGCCGGAGCAGAGAUCCCGGUUGAGCAGGCAGUGAGAUGUGUGACUGAGAAUGUUGCAGAUGCGAUGGGGCUGAAGGAUAGAGGGGCUCUGGAGGUUGGACGGAGAGGGGAUUUUGUGGUGUUAGAUGAGAGCGGUGAGGUGGAGGAGACUUGGAUCAUGGGAAAAAGGGUAUUUUGUAAAAUUUAA